AUGUCAACGAGUGUAACUUCAAAAAACGUUAAAAUACUGAAGGAUAAAUAUUAUGAUCAAGGUGGAGAAGAUGGAGAUAGAGUAAUUGUUGAAUAUAUUAAUAAAAUUGAUGAUGACGACAAUGAUGAGGUAAGUUAUACAAGUAACAGAAGUCGGACUGGUUCUGAUGAAGAAUUACUAAUAAAGGAAAUUUAUACCACUAAAAGAAAUUUAAAGAAUAGGCAUGUUCAAUUUAUUGCAAUCUCAGGAGUUAUCGGAACCGCCAUCUUUGUAGCAAUAGGUAAAGCAUUAUACAAAGGAGGACCUGGAAAUUUAAUAAUUGCCUUUGCAGUAUGGUGUAUUCCAAUUUUAUGUAUUACUAUGUCUACCGCAGAGAUGGUAUCUUUUUAUCCAGUGCAUUCACCUUUUUUAAGAUUAGCUACUAUGUGUGGAGAUGAUUCAUUUAGUAUUAUGGCAUCUUGGAAUUUUUGGUUCUUGGAAUGUGUCCAAAUUCCUUUCGAGAUCGUUUCGGUUAAUACGAUUAUUCAUUAUUGGAGGGAUGAUUAUUCUGCUGCAAUCCCAUUGGUCGUUCAAGUGGUAUUAUAUAUCUUAAUAUCAGUUCUUGCCGUAAAAUAUUAUGGGGAACUUGAAUUUUGGUUAGCUUCAUUUAAAAUCAUAUUAGCUCUAGGACUUUUCUUAUUUACAUUUAUUACCAUGGUGGGUGGUAAUCCCAAACAUGAUAGGUAUGGUUUUAGAUAUCUGAGUGAAUCUCCUUUCAAAAAAUAUUAUCCUGAUGGGGAUACAACUGCAGGGCCAUCUGCAGGUCAUUUUCAAGGUUUCUUAAUUUGUUUGAUUCAGGCUGCAUUUACAAUAGCUGGUGGAGAAUAUAUUUCAAUGUUAGCCGGUGAAGUUUGUUUGCCAAGAAAAGUAAUGCCAAAAGCCUUUAAACAAGUGUUUUGGAGGUUGACUUUUAUAUUUAUCGGUUCUUGUUUUUGUGUUGGCAUUGUUUGUUCGUCAAAUGAUCCUUUGCUGACAUCUGCAAUUAAUGAAUCAAGACCAGGUGCUGGUUCAUCUCCUUAUGUUAUUGCAAUGCAAAAUUUACAAAUAAGAAUAUUGCCAGAUAUUGUAAAUAUCGCUCUAAUAACAGCUGCUUUUUCAGCUGGCAAUGCUUAUACUUAUUGUUCAUCAAGAACGUUAUAUGGAAUUGCUUUAGAUGGUAAUGCUCCAAAAAUAUUUAAAAAAUGUAAUAAAGAAGGUGUUCCGAUAUAUUGUGUAUUGGUCUCUACCUUAUGGGCAUUAUUAAGUUUAUUGCAAUUAAAUUCAAAUAGUGCUGUUGUACUAAAUUGGUUGAUUAAUUUAAUUACUGCAUCUCAAUUAAUCAAUUUUUCUUGUAUUUGCAUUACUUAUCUAUUGUUUAGAAGAGCAUAUCGAGCUCAAGAAGACUCUCUUCCAAGGUUACCAUUCACUUCAUGGUACCAACCAUAUACAACAUAUUUUGGAUUGUUUUGUUCAAUUAGUAUGAUGUUAGUUCAAGGUUAUACCGUUUUUUUCAAAAAAUUAUGGGCAGUUGAUGAUUUCUUAUUUAAUUAUUUAAUGAUAUUCAUUGAUUUGGCUAUUUAUUUAGGUGUUAAAUUUAUUUGGAAAAGAGGUAAAGAUCCAGUUAAAGAUCCAAAAAAGAUAGAUUUUGAAACUGAAUUGAAAAAUAUCGAACAACAUGAGUUGGACCUUAAUUUUAAUAAAUUUCAAUUCUACCUUCCAGAUAAUUAUGCAUAG